AGCUCUAUUUUACUAUUUUUGACAUUUCGACGAAUGUGACUCAAAACGAAACAGAAAAAUAAACAAAGUUUCUCCAAGAAACGUGACAACACUCGUCUUUUCUGAAUCGUUAUUUUUGCGUAAUAUUAUUACAAUUUACAGAAUGCUUUCAAAAAAUAUCACGCAAAUCGGUCGAAUACCGAUGCAGAAUUACAUAAUCAAAAACCAAAUCCAAACGAGCGCCGCCUGCAUGGAGAUCCGCAAGUUGGCCCGGCUUCGCGUGGUAGACAACAGUGACAUCGGCAAGCGGGCCAUGGCCGAGGGUAAACCGCCCAAGUGCAUCCACGUUUACAACAAACAGAUGGUGGGUAAGGUUGGCGAUAAGGUGCUGGUAGCGAUCAAGGGCCAGAAGAAGAAGGCCAUCCUGGUCGGAUGCCGGCAGAAUCAGCUUCCCAAGAUUCCCAAAUUCGACAGCAACAAUAUCGUGCUGAUAGACGACAAUGGCACUCCACUGGGAACCAGGAUUCACGUACCGAUUCCGACUAUUUUGAGGACCAUUUUGAAGGAGAAGACCCAAGCGAAAGGAGCGGAUUACACCAAGUUGCUCGGAAUUGCCAGUCGAUUUGUUUAGGAGGAUCAUCAUGAUCGAAUAAAAACAGCUUAAAUAACAUCAAAA